AUGCUCGUACUCCAUGAGGGUCAGGUGCCUAAUCCUCCCCGAGCCAGUGUGCGGCCUUCAGCCAGCAGGGGGCGCAGCUGCUAAACAUUUCCAGCUCUUCUGGCCAUGAGUAGCCCGUCUUUUCCCUUCCGUGUAGCUUUCAGCGACAGGGGGCGGGCUCGGCGGCAGCCAAUCAGCGCGCACGGCGUGAUGGCAACAGAGCAGAAUGUGCAGUAGUGAAGUGAGCCGGGGAAGCCGAGGGGAGAACAGGACGUUCCGCGGAAUGACCCGUGUGUGGGGGACUGCUGAGAGAUGGCAAAGGUUCAGGUGAACAAUGUCGUGGUGCUGGACAACCCGUCUCCAUUUUACAACCCUUUCCAGUUCGAGAUCACCUUCGAGUGCAUAGAGGACCUCUCGGAAGAUCUGGAGUGGAAAAUAAUUUAUGUGGGAUCUGCUGAGAGCGAAGAGUACGACCAGGUACUAGACUCUGUGUUAGUAGGCCCCGUACCCGCAGGACGUCACAUGUUUGUAUUCCAGGCGGACGCCGCAAAUCCUGGACUUAUCCCAGAUGCUGAUGCGGUUGGCGUCACAGUUGUGUUAAUUACUUGUACAUACAGGGGACAAGAGUUUAUCAGAGUUGGAUAUUAUGUUAAUAAUGAAUACACUGAAACAGAGUUACGGGAAAAUCCACCAGUGAAACCAGACUUUUCCAAGCUUCAAAGAAACAUACUGGCAUCAAACCCCAGAGUGACAAGGUUUCACAUCAACUGGGAGGACAACACUGAGAAGCUAGAUGAACUAGAGAACAGUAACCCCAACCUACAGUCUAUGCUUUCCACAGAAGCCAUACCAUCUGCAUCAAAAGGCUGGCCCACCUCCGAGAACUCGCUCAACGUCAUGCUAGAAUCUCAUAUGGACUGUAUGUGACCUGCAGGACUAGUUUAUAGGAUUUCUAUUCUCCCACAUUUAGGAGAAGGCAUUCACAAAACCUACAACAAGAACACUUUCAGACGGAAAUGCAAUUUGAACUCAGAACUAUUUUUCUAACUGGCUUACCAUCAAAACUAGUAAUUUCAUUCUGUAAUACUAGUGGGAUGGGGCUAAAGCUAAAAAAGGUUUGUAUUUAUUUUUACGUGGUUACCAACGUUUGCUCUGCAUUAGUGCUUUGAAAUAAACCAACUCAGUUACC